GGGUUCGGUAUUUGUCCACACAGCAUAUGAAAUCUUCAUCUUUUUGGGGACAUAUGACGUCGAUCACAAAAGUCGUUUGUGACUUUCUGGAUCUUAUUCCUGGGACGGUAUCAUCAAUGAUGUGACAGAAGUUGUUUGGUAACUUUUAGGGCCCGGGGUGUUUCUUUCAAGACAAAAGUGUUCUUCAUCACGCGCUGAUGAUACACGGUCUACAAUUUCUGAUAUUUGUUGCCGUCGGACAAAUUGAGUCACAUCACCAAGCAUGACGCAGGCGCUCCCAGAAUUCCUGAAAACGGUGAUGAUCCCGGAAGAUGACCUGGAGUUUGGGAAGGAGAUCACGGUGACCCACACUGAAGUAGUUCCGGUGUCAGCGGAUGUCUACUGGUCCGGGUUCGAUGACUACUUCUAUCUGCAGGAGAAUGUGGGCAUGCAUAAGAACAUGACAACUGUCAAGGGAGAUGGAGGGGUGGGGACCGUGAUCGAGUUUGACUUCUUAGGCGGAAAGACCCAAGAGGAGCUUGUCCAGAAGGACGAGGACACCAAGACUUGGGCCAUCGCCAUGCUGGGUAGCAACCCUCUCUUCACCACCUACUUAGCUACUGUAAAGGUGAACGACGACACAAGUGAGACUGCAAAAGUGACGAUGAGCAUCACGGGUAUUGUUGCCCUUCAGGACUUCGACAAGAGGAGGGCUCAUAUUGCCUUUACAAAGUACAUGCUGCGCAACCGCAUCAACGAGGUCCUCUGCCUCAUCGCUGACAAGGAUAACCAUGUGCUGAAGUUUGAGAUUGAAGUCGACUGUCCCAUGAAGAAGCUGUGGGAUGCCGUGAAUGACUGGGCCGGGCACGCCUGGGUCAUGAACGCCACCGGGGUAGAAGUCGUCGCUGACCAGCAGAACUACGACCUGCGGAGGAAGGUGUUCUUCGGCCCGAGGUUCAUGGAGGAACGUCUGGUCCUGGGGACUGAAAAUCCCAACAGUCUGGAGUACGAGUAUGGGAGGAAUGACAACAUGGGUGUUCUGCACUAUCGCGGCAAGGUGGAAGUACAGAAGAUAAGUGACAAGAAGACGAAGGCCAACUACACCGCGACCUUCCUCCCGCAGCCAGGAAAGGACCCAAAACCCGGCAUCAAGGCAAACAUGGAUACUCGUCUGGGGUGGAUCAAGGAGACAUUUGCGGAGACCGGUACCUGGUGGUGCCGUGUGCUUUGAGGCAGUGGAGGCAAAAUGGCGAGCAACAGUAGUGAAUACAAUGUAUGGCAAAGUGGUAAACAACGAGUCUGAUAUCUACAUAAUUCUAAUUACCGUCAACGGGGUCUAUAUAGAGAAGUAAGGGUGUUAUAAUCUAAGUACUGUACUAGUAAAUAUUGAGCACAUAAAAAUUUGUGUCUCUUCUGGAAAUCGGCAUAACAAAAUCGUCUUGGGUAUAAUCACAAUAGUUUUAAAACUGAUUGAAGCCAUUAAUAUUUGUAUUUCUUUCUUUAUGUGGAUGAAGCAGGUUUAUUAAUAAGAAGAGAAAUUUCUUUUUUAAAUAUUUCUUUCCACGUAGGACAACGUCUUUCAGUGACUGUUAUCAUGACAACAACUUUUAUCUAUUAUAAAACAAUGGGAACUUAUUCUACAUUUGGUAAUGUUACUAAGCAAUAAAACAUUAUUAUGUUUACCUUUGCAGAAGGGAAAUGUUGUUUUUGCUAUAGUAGAAUGGUUUAUUAUUACAAGAACAAGAAAAUGUACACACAAGCCUCCUGACUGCUAUGAUGGCUGAAUUGCGAGGCCUAUUCUGACAUCAUGUUACGACAAACUAUAUAACGUUACAUGCUGUUUUUCCUCUUCUUCAUCUUCUUUUUUAUCUUCUUCUCCAAACACAU